AAAGCAACUCAUGGAAAUAUUAAAGUGUUGUGAAUUUGUUUUAAAAUAAAGAAUGAAGCGUUUACGAGCGGAUCAGGAAAGGUUAUCAUCGUUCAGUAGUAUUAUUAUUGUAACUUUUCUUUCUUCCGAUGUAGUCUUGGCCUAAUUAAAGCAGAAAAGCAAAAACAACAAUAACAAAUAAUUAGAACUAAUCUCGGGUCAAAGUUUAACCGUCUACAAUAAUUAUUAUACCCAAUUGAUUGACCUAAAGAAGAGGUAAAAAGUUUAUUUCCGAAGCGAAAAUUGCGACUCGCUCCUUCGCAUUUCCAAGAAGGUAACGUUGUUUUUCUCGCACUUUUGAUGAUGAUGAUAAUAAUAAUAACAAUCCUUUCUAAAACGGUUUGUGUGUGUGUGUCUACGUUUAUUUUCGUUCCCCACUCUGACUUCUCGCAGAGUUCGGACUUAUAUAAAUAUGUUGCGAGUGCCGGCAUAUCGCACUUGAUACUUCUAACGCUCGCUGCACGGUAGUUUUUUUUUCUGUGAGCUGUAAACUUGAUCAUUUCAGUAGCGACUCGCGUUGUUGUUGCGAAUAGUUCGUACAUUUUUUGGCAGCUGAAAGCGUGCUUUGUGUGCCAAUGUUAUUUAUAUAUAUUGGAAGCGAUUAUACUAUCUACAUCAAAUCGUUCAAAGGGAGAAUAGCUUCUAGCAGCAUCGUCACACGAUGAACGACCUGACUUGGCAUCCCAAUGGCAAUUGGAGCGAAGAGUUUACCACCGUCGUCAAAGAUUUGGAGCUGCAGGCUGCAACAUCCGAAGACUUGUUAUGGUCUUUCGUGAAAGGAUGCGGUCGCAUGUUCUACAUGGUCGAUCCCAACGACACCACCUUCGAAUCUCACGAAGAGGUUCCCAAAUACUUCAGACAGGCAUGGCCUUACUUCGUGUUGUUCAUGGUCCUGGAAAACCUCAUCCUCUGGAUCGAACGUGAACCGGUCCAUCGACUGAACGACAGCAUCACCAGCAUAGGGCACGGCAUCAUCCAAGAAUCCGGAAGGCUGCUGUUCCGCGGAGCCGAGAGCUGCGUUUACGUUUACGUCUACGAGAACUUCAGGAUGGUGGAGAUCUCUUGGAGAGAGCCGAGCGCUUGGUAUUUGGCGGCGCUCGGCGUGGAUUUCUGCUAUUAUUGGGUGCACAGGGCGUGUCACGAAGUUCAAAUUCUUUGGGCUCAACACCAAGUGCACCAUUCAUCCGAAGAGUUUAAUUUGGCUGUUGGGUUGAGACAGUCCGUGGUUCAAGGAUGGUGCGGAUUUAUAUUCUACUUACCAUUGGCUUUCGUCCUACCGCCAGCACUUUUCAUAACCCACCAACAGUUCAAUUUGCUCUACCAAUUCUGGAUUCACACGAAAACCGUGAAGACUUUAGGACCUUUGGAAUUCCUUUUCAACACACCGAAACACCAUCGAGUUCAUCAUGGAUCAAAUUUGUACUGCUUGGACACGAAUUACGGGGGAGUGCUGAUAAUUUGGGAUCGACUUUUCGGUACUUUCGCGGAGGAACGCGAGAAGGAAGAAAUCAUCUACGGACUCGUUUACAAUCAGCCCUCGUUCAAUCCCAUCCAUCUGCAGACAUUUUACACGGCUUACGUGGUCGAGAGGUUCAGGAGCAUGGACUGCUGGAGUCACAGAUUGGCUGCGAUCUUCUACGGUCCCAGCUGGCAGCCCGGUAAGCCGAGAUUAGGCUUGGAGGAGGAUAAGAUCAACGUCGUCGCCAGGGAAAAGUACGAGGUGAAGCUUCCACUGUGGUGCAACAUCUACUUGUUAGUGCAUUUCUGCGUGGUCGUGUACGGAUUUCAAGAGUUGGCCUCCAGACAUGUGAACAUGAGUCCGUUUGCUGUACUUUGCUUCGUGCUGUACAUCAUCGGUUCUUUGACCACCAUCGGCAUGUUGUUCGACAACAAACCGCACGCUUGCGUUUUCGAGCUUCUGCGUUGCAUGGUCCUCGUUACAGCCGUUCAAAGGCUCGAUUUUCCCGAUAUACAACAAUCGACGCUCCUUGCAGCCGAGUGUUUCUUCUUGGCUUCAGGACUCUUCUGGUUUCUGCAGUGCGUCAACGUUCUUCAGAUUACCAAAACGAAGCAGCAUUAACGUCUUUCGGAAAGUGAUAUAAAUUGAUUCGUUUUUUUUUCUCUCUUAAGUAUUAAUUAUUAUUAAUUUAGUAUUAAUGUUUGUAUUAUCUUUAGUGCAUUAUU